AUGUUCAAAAAGUUCCGAGGUGACAGCAGCCGUAACCAAGAUCCCCAGCCUCACUUUUGUGACGGAGUCGACGUCAAUCGAGUGUUCAAGGACCUCGCGAAUCGCAUAUACACAUCCAAUCUCCCAUUGCAGCAAGGAUUUGAUACAACUCUUUACAUCCAGGGGCGAGCCAUGCACUACAAUUACGUUGCACCUCCCGAUAAUUUCACGUACCCCGAAGUCUCUAUUGUCUUUAUGAUGCAUUCGUUCUCCGGAGUGCCCCAUGCAUUCCCCAUAGUCUUUUCAGGAGCGGUUGCUCAAGGACUAUCUCAACUCGGAAGCCAUGAUCUCAGUGGUGUCGAGCAGAUGCGAAUUAGUCUCCAUGGUGCAAGUCUGGACACGUUUGACGACAAAUAUACUCGCUACACCACCAUUCCUAUGCGGCUCACUUUUAAUGAUCACUUCAUAUACCAACUGGUACGCACUGAGUGGAAUCCAAAAAAUGUUGGACCUCUUAUAUCUAUCACGAGAGAUUAUGAAGCAGAAGAAAAUAUCGGCAUAUCAGACGAUGGACCCGAGGACAUCAUUGUGAGGCCCAUUCUCCGCACGAGCUGGUUUCCUGAGAAUGUCGAAGAAGAGGAUGUCAAGUCUGAGGACUCGUUCAGUUCUAUUCCGUCUAUUUUUCAAGGGGAUAUUGAUGAACUUCUUGAUCCCGCCAAAGCAGAAACAAGCACCACCUCAGUUUUCACUGCAGGACUUCAAGUAAAAAGGACUGCGAAGGGAGGAAAAACGAGCAUCCAAGUCGAAUAUACAGCGCUUCAUCAACUUACGAGCCUUGCAUCCAAAGAUGUCAACAAAACGAAACGAUACAAUGUAAUUGGCGUAAUAACAUCUGCCAAAGGACCACGUCCGACAGCAAGCAAAGAUCCGAGUGUAUGUGGCGCCACUGCAGACACUCCUCAGACCACCUUUACGGUUUCCUGUUUCCAAAAGAAAGAAGAUCAUCUCAUAAAUGUAGAAAUUGGAGAUGUGGUCAUACUCCGGCAUAUCAAGCUAUUAUUCUACAAAAGAUGCGCCGGAGUUGCGUACCAUGACAAAUUCGAAUACGCUGUCUACUCCCCUGCAAUGGUAAAAUGCUAUCCCAGACAAGUCGUACCGCAGCAACAGUACGAUCCUCAGGGGGACGAACUACACUACGUUCGCAAUAUGAUUUCCUGGUGGAAAACAAUACAGACCGUACCAUUCAAAGCUUCAGGAAAACACAUUCCAGUCCACGAGGCCGUAGUAGGCAAAUACUUUGCUUGUACAGUCGAAGUACUCUUCAUAGAAAGAAGAGACCAAACCCUUUGCAUAUGGGUGACAGAUUACACCCAGCGGCCCGAUGACAUCGUCGUCUCAUCAGAAUGGUGUCCCCGUGUCCUCAGAAAGUCGGUUAUCCGUGUCGAACUGUGGGACGAAGCGCGGGAGCAGGGCAAAAUGAUCACUUUAGGUGGUUUUUACCGGCUUGGAAAUGUCUUAUGGAGGAAAGAUAAACUCGGAAAAGCAGAAGGGAAGAUGAGCGAAGGUCAAAUUAUGCAACUUAAUCUUAAUGGAAAGGACGAACAUCUUCUGGCUAUGAACAGUCGACGCCGGGAGAAGCUAGAACAAGACGCGCAAAGCAUCGAUGAGUUUCACCUUACACAUCUAUCAGAUAUAACUCUGGAUAAACCAUUCGAUUGCAUAGCUGAGUAUAUCGGGGGCGUAGACAUUGGAAAUGAACACAUUCUCUACCUUAGCGACGGGACGAAAGGGAAGUAUCUACAAGAUCUAUGGAACGACAGGCCGCCAAUUCAUCUCUUCAAGGAGAUACUUCCCGUCCAUCUCUACGACCAUCAAGUCCAUCUCAUUAAGGACUUACAGCUAGGAUCCCUUCUCGUCGCCCGUGAUCUGAUGCUUCAUCGUGGCUAUGGUGGCAAAUACCACGUCAAGCUCAAAGGUGAAAGUGAGAAUCUAUUCGUUCUCAACCAUAUGAUGAGAGACUAUAAAGAACAGAAGCAUAUCAUCAAAUGGUGA